AUGGGAGCCCAGUCAAGAAAGAAAUCCUGGCCAGGUGUGAGCUCCUCGCCUCUGUGGGCAGCGGUGGGCUCCAAAGGUUGGCCCGCCGGCCAGUUUUGCCUCUUCGCCGGCCUCUUCCUGGUGGAGGUGGUGGCAAGCAGGGUGACAGGUUCCCUGCUCCUACUGUCUUGCGCUUUUCACACCCUGGGAGGCACACUGGUGCUCGGGGUGUCCUUGACAGAUGCUCGUCUGGCUGCCAGAGGAUGCCCCGGUCGGAGGAACACCUUUGGGUGGGCACGAGCCAGGAUUGCAGGCACCCUGGUCAGCACCGUCUUCCUGAGCUCCCUAUGCCUGGCGCUCCUGCCUGAGGCACUCCGCAGGGUAGCUGAUCCACAGGUCAUGGAACAUGUGCUGGCCCUGAUGGGAAUCGGUGCCAUGGGGAUCCCAAUUCACCUGUCCAGGGCAGGACUGCAUGGCCAGCAUCCCCAAGAUCCGGGCACGACGCCAUGCUGUAGCAGGAGGAGGGGCACCCAAGGAGGCAGCUGUGGCCAGGAAAUGGAAGAUCUGCUGGGGAAUGGAUCCUCCAACAGUGGAAAGCCCUGGACGGAAGAGGACAGAGAAGGCAGCCCCAUGUCCCCUGCAGAGAAAUCUAGACCGUGGUCGACCCUUUGCCUUGGGUGGAUGGUAGCGUGCCUGGGCCCCGUGGCCGUCCUUCUGUACUCUCUCACUUUCCUCCUGCUGUGGACUCCGUGUCUGGGGGAGGGAGCCUGCCUUAACCACUGCACCAGCUCACCCUGUUGGGCCUGGAAUAGUGCUGAGGCACUACAGCAGCGUGACCGGGCCUCCUGUUGGCUGCUCUACCUGGACCCUGGGCUCGCCAUGGCUGUGGCCGUGGCCCUGCUGUGCUUGGCGUGGCCGGCCCUGCAUGGGUCCGCCCUGGUGCUCCUGCAGGCCGUCCCGGAGGACCUGGACCUGCAGCUGCUGGAGCUGCAGCUGCAGGCCACGGAAGGGGUGGUGGCCGUGCAGGGGCUCCACGUUUGGCAGCUGGACGGGCCCCACAGCUUGGUGGCCACAGCCCACGUGUGCUGCCAGGAGGCAGCCACGUGCGAGGCCGUGAUGGACAGGGUCCAGCAAGUGUUCUGUGAGCAUGGCAUCCAUGCCGCCACGGUGCAGCCAGACCUCGGUGCUUCCCCGGGUGGGGGGUGCAGCGCAGGAUGUGACAGGCCUGCCAGCAAGAGGUGGCUGCCCCCCUGCCCUGCAGAGAUCCUGGAGUGCGAGACCACUGUGUGAGCCAA